AUGGAGGGCUACUGCAUGCUCUACGUCGACUACAUCGUCGACGAUCCAUUGCAUGAUGAGACUGUUUUUAGGCAUCGUUUCAGGAUGGGUCGGAAUCUCUUCCUGAAAAUUGUGUAUGCCCUUCGAGAGUACGACUCCUAUUUCAGACGCAAGUUGGAUUGCACCGGCAUGGCAGGGUUUUCCGUCAUUCAAAAGUGCACGGUGGCUAUGCGGAUGCUGGCAUAUGGAGCUCCUGGUGAUUCUACUGAUGACUAUCUUAGGAUGGCGGAGUCCACCGUCCUUAAUUGUUUCUACCGGUUCUACAGGGCGGUGAUAGCACUGUUCGGGGACAUCUACUUGAGAUCACCCACUGAGGAGGAGCGGGAAGUGUUGUUUGAGUUCGUCGUCGUCCUCAAGGGCGACCCACUCGGCAUCGAGAGGCUACCGGACAAUUACGCCGACUUCGUCGCCGGCAAUGAGCCGGCCUCGCUGCUUCUGCGGGAGGCUGCCUGUGACUGCUGCCGGUGGAUUGGGGACGUGAUCUUCGACAUGCGCGGCAAGAUGUACCUCCACACCGGCUGGGAGAAGUUUGUGCGCUUCGACGACCUCGAAGCCGGCUGCGUGCUCACGUGCUCCUACCUUGGCGAGGGGGAUAUGACCGUCAAGUUUGGGUGA